UACAAAUUUUGAUGCUACACAAAUUCGAUAAAUUCUAUUUAAUCCAAAUCAUUUAAUUGAGCUCAAGUCGAGCAUAAUGCAAUCCGAAUCAAUUGAGUCGUGCAAACAGUUCAUUCGAGAAAAAAUUUUGCAACCUGCGGAAUUUCGCGGAUUUGAAGAGCAGCGGACAAAUCUGCUGAACUUGAUGGAAAGGGCCGUUUGGGACCACGACAGCAAUUCAGCACUUCUAAUUGGGCCUGCUGGAAGUGGAAAGACAACGCUUGUCAGGAGCGUUUUAAAAGAGCUCUCUGAAAAGAAGGAUUUCGACAAGAAGGCCCUGGUUAUCAACCUGAACGGACUCAUCCACACAGACGACAGGCUGUCUCUGAAGUCUAUGUGCAAACAAAUGAGCUUGCAGAAUGUCGUCGAUGAAAGAGUCACGGGAAAUUUUGCAGAUAAUAUGGCCUUGAUUUUGUCUUCUUUACAAAACAGCGACCAGAAAAAAGCUCUGAUAUUUAUCCUUGAAGAGAUGGACCUUUUUUGCAACCACCACAAUCAGUCGCUGUUGUACAACUUGUUUGAUUUGGCCCAUAAAAAUGAGAAUGCUGUGUUUGUAUUGGGCGUGACCCUGAGGCUUGAUGUCAUGGACCGAAUGGAGAAGAGAGUCAGGUCUCGCUUUUCCUACCGAAGCAUAUACCUGCUUCCGGUCAACGACGCUGUCGACUUUGAAUCCCGAAUAGGCAUGUGCCGGCAUUGGUUGUCCAUAGAAACUUCUUGCUUCAACAGAACGCUGUGCAAAGCGUGGAACAAGCACAUCAACAAAUUGCUAGCUGAAAAUGAGGCUGCGUACAAUUGCAUCAAGCGGCUCUACGAUAUGCAGAACAACGAAGAAUCUACUAAAGAAUUGCUUUUACACACAAUCAGCAGACUUGGCGAGGAUAACACAACUCUUAGUGGGCAAGAUUUUGAGGAGGCACUCCAGGACGUGAUUUCUGAUGGGUGGCUACAAAUCUUGGACGGUCUCUCGACCCUAGAAAUUUGUUUGGUGAUUGCAAUGAAACAACUAGGAGACGUGUACCAGGGUGAUCCAGUGAAUUUUGAAAUGGUGUACUCGAGGUACCUGAAAUUCGCCAAGAACCAUUCCAGUUUCGAAGACUGCAACAGAAAUACUGUGAUCAAAGCCUUCGAGCACCUCCAGGCGCUUGAGAUCAUUCUGCCAGUGACAGGCCACGGGGCGAAAACACAGAGCCAAUAUCAACUGUACCACUUUCAACUCUCAGCCCAGCAAGUCAAGAGUGCUGUGAAAAGAUUCGAAGAGCUGCCAACAGAGGUGCAGCAGUGGGCUGAACUCAACUUAUUGUAACUAUAUUAUUAUUUUUUCAAUAAAUCAGGUAUAUUUUUCAA